AGGCCUCCCAAAGCGUUUGUACCGCUUUAUUCCGAUUAAAACGUGGCUAAAAUUUAGUGCUUAGUCCCCUCUCAUCAAACCUACCAUAAAACUCAUUUUUUUCCUCUGUGUGGAAAUUUGCUACUCUGAUUCAGCUUCGAUAGCAGACGCCGGAACCUCCUCGUGAUCAAUGGCCGAAGUUGAGAACGAAAAGUCCCGAACCCUCUCUCAGCAAUACAUGCUGGAUGAGAAAGUGGAACAGCCAAAUCAGGGUCAACCCCCUUCUGAAGCAACUGAAGAUGAAAAACCAAUAGAUACAGUUGUUGUGGAAGAUAUUGCUGAAGUAACUAAAGAAGUUGCCAUAGUUGAAGAAAGCAAUGAAACUCCAUCCAAAGAAAGCAAUGAAGCUGCAACUGAAGAAAUCAACGAAGAUGCAACCGAAGAAACCAACAAAGCUGCAGUUGAACAAAGCAGUGAAGCUCCUGAGCAGGAAGAGUCAAGUGAUCCAGAAAUUGUUGAACAGACUCCAGAAAUAAAGCUUGAGACAGCACCGGCAGAUUUUCGUUUCCCAACCACCAAUCAAACAAGACACUGCUUUACCCGCUAUAUUGAGUAUCAUAGGUGCAUUGCUGCAAAAGGGGAAGGUGCGCCAGAGUGUGAUAAAUUUGCAAAAUAUUAUCGUUCUCUUUGCCCUGGUGAAUGGAUAGAGAGGUGGAAUGAGCAAAGAGAGAAUGGAGCCUUUCCAGGCCCUUUGUAGAAGUUGACAUUUCAAAGGCAACUGUUGUGGGAGCGUUAUUGCCAGGUUGUUGGGCGAGGAUACAUGUUCCUUGAAGUGAGAGUGAUCAACAGGGAAUCCUAUAUACUCUCCUAUUUGAAAGACUUGAGUUAAUAAAAAAAUUUUGCAGGUCUGUUGCUGCACUAGUUUAAAGUCCAAAACACAGGAAAUAUCUUUCACAUAAAAGCCAUGCUUGGCGGUGUCAAGCCAAGCUCUGCCAAUUCAACGUCAUUUUAUGUUUUGACAAAUAAAUUACAGUACCAAGGCCUUGAAUGAGAAAGAGAUGGAACGGUGAGAAUUCUGCAUGCUACGUACUAUUGCGGAAAUCAUAGUUGAUAGUUUCCAGAAUUUGAUGUUUUCUUCAUGAUAAAAGGCCGGUUGGAAGUUGUUUUUGGCA